UAAAACGCUGAUAAAAGCCGACCGACAGCGAACUUUGGCGUCGCAGUUACAUCCUCGUGUUUAUUUAUACCGUCUUCAUCACAGUGAUUAUUAUUAUUAUCAUUAUUGACGUGCCAGAUCGAUUUCAUCUCCGUGAACCGCGACGCACCGUGCAGUUGAGCACACAUGAAAAUAUAUCGGUCAAACGUCCCGUUUAAUCGUCGCAACGUGUGGUGCGCCCAUAUACUAAAAUAAUAUUACACUGUAAUAAUAUAUAAUAUUAUCGUUGUCGUAUAACAUUAUAGGCGCCGUGACACGAAAUGGUCACUGAAAACGAAAACAAUGACGGCACCUUUGAAGAAACCGAAGUUGAAGACCCAUACUGUCUGGAAUCAAGCCCUCUUAAAUUAACAUUUGAGGAUAUAACGUCUGCCGCUUACAAGAUAAAAGAUGGUGUUAUCAAAACAGCGUGCACGAGAUCGCAUUUGUCCAGUGUUGUCAAUAUGGAACUUUAUUUGAAAAAGGACUUUGUGCAGUACACCGGAAGUUUUAAGGAACGUGGUGCAUGCUAUGCGUUGAUGAUGCUGUCCGACGAGAACAAGCGAAAGGGCGUGAUAUCUGCUUCUUUGGGUAACCAUGCGCAGGCUUUAUGUUACCACGGUAAGCGACUCGGUGUACCAGUGACGGUAGUUAUGCCUACAGUUGCACCGAUAAUCAAAAUUGAAGCUUGCCGGAAUUUCGGGGCAACUGUCAUCAUUCAGGGCAUCAACAUGAAAGAGUCCAAGCAUAUAGCGCUCAAGCUUUCGAAGGAGAAAGGGAUCAUGUACAUAAAUGGGUACGAUCACCCUCACAUAAUGGCCGGUCAAGGUACAGUGGGACUUGAAAUAUUAGAAGACGUUCCGGACGCCGAUGCGAUCGUCGUUCCAGUCGGUGGUGGUGGUCUGAUAGCUGGAGUGUCGCUAGCCGUCAAAACAUUGAAAAAAAACUGUAAAAUUAUUGGUGUCGAAUCUGACCGCGUGCCGAGUUUCUCGAAAGCCAUGGAAAAUGGUAGUCCAAUUACCGUCGAAGGCAGGAGCACUUUGGCUGAUGGCUUGGCAGUUCCCAGAGUUGGGUGUAACGCGUAUGCUACUGCCGUGGGUUUGAUUGAUAAAAUGAUUGUGGUAACAGAAGAAUGGAUAUCGAUGGCAAUCCUGCGACUCGUCGAAUCAGAGAAGUGUGUUGUAGAAGGCGCGGGAGCCAUUGGAUUAGCUGCCGCAUUGUCGGGUACUUUGGACGAGUUCAUAGGAAAAAAAGUUGUUCUAUUGCUGUGCGGUGGCAAUAUCGACACAUCCAUUUUGGGAAGGUGUUUGGACAGAGGACUGGCCAUCGACGGUAGACUAGUCAAAUUCCAUGCUACGUUGAGCGACAGACCCGGUGGCAUUGCGGAACUGUGCAGAGUAUUGGCAACGAUUGGUGUUUGCGUGAAGGAUAUCAUACACGAAAGAGCUUGGUUAUCGGACGACGUUUUCAGCGUUAGGGUCAAAGUCGUAUGCGAAACGAGAGACUUGAAACACGCUCGUCUGCUCCAAGAGGUUGUAACGAAGAACUACAGCUCUUCCGUGUUCGGUGAUAUACCAUUACCCAAAGUUCUUUGAACUAAGAUUGUUUAACGCCUACUCCGAAACCAACACAGAGUCAAGCCGAUCUUUCAACAUAAAUUGUCGAUAUUUCGAAGUCUGGAAAUUCGAUUUUAAAUGUAUACUUUCAGAUUACCUUUAUCAUACGAAAUCGAAUUUCUAAAAUAUGUUAUAUAAUAAAUCUAUUUAAUACAUA